UGCCACAAACUAAAAAGAAACUUUUUCCACUGUCAUCAAAAAAACCCCAAACUCAGAACCAAAAAUGUCCACCAUUUCUUCGUUCAUCACAUUCACAAUCUUCACCAUUUGCAGCAUCUCAUGUGUAACCGAAGCAGUGGGUGUGAACUGGGGAACCAUGGCUUCGCACCCUCUACCACCUAUCAAAGUAGUGAAGCUUUUGAAGUCCAACAACAUUAAUAAAGUGAAACUGUUUGAUGCAAAAGCUGAUGUUCUUCAAGCUCUUUCUGGGUCCAACAUUGGUGUCACUGUCGGUGUUCCUAAUGUUAUGCUUAGAGGGUUGAAUUCUUCUAGAAAAGCUGCGGAGAAUUGGGUUCAUGAUAAUGUUACUCGAUAUGUUUCUAGUGGUGGAGGUGGAGCGAGAAUUGAAUAUGUUGCUGUCGGAGACGAGCCGUUUCUUAAAAGUUAUGGUGAACAAUUCCAUCCCUUCAUAAUUGGAGCUGCUAUGAACAUUGAAGCUGCUUUAAAUAAAGCAAAAUUGGACAACAAAGUGAAAGUUGUAGUUCCUUGCAGCUUUGAUAGUUUUGAGUCAAGUUCCAACUCGUCUACCGAAGUGCAUUUCAGAUCCGACGUCAACAAAACCAUGAUUGAGCUACUCACAUUUCUCAACAAGCAUGGAUCGCCUUUCUUUGUGACCAUUUCGCCAUUCAUAACCUUCCUCCAAACCAAAAAUAUUUCCCUUGAUUUUUCACUCUUUAAAGAAACUGCACACCCUCAUAAAUUCAGCCGCAAAACAUACAAAAAUAGUUUUGAUUUGAGCUACGAUACCGUAAUUACUGUUUUAUCAAAAGUGGGAUUUCCUAAUAUGGAAAUUGUUGUUUCAAAGAUUGGUUGGCCAACCGAUGGAGCUGUCAACGCAACCUCGUACCUAGCCGAAACCUUCAUGAAAGGCCUAAUGAACCACCUCCAUAGCAACUUGGGAACCCCGCUUCGACCACACCAACCCCCAUACGAAACAUACAUUCAUAGCCUUCUCGACGAAGAUCAAAGAAGCAUUGCCGCCGGAAACUUCGAAAGGCAUUGGGGUUUAUUCACCUUCGACGGCCAAUCAAAAUACCACGUGGAUCUCGGCCAGGGUUCAAAGAGCCUUGUGAAUGCUCAAAAUGUAGAGUAUCUUUCUCCCAAAUGGUGUGUUGUGAACAACAACAAAGACUUGUCUAAUGCAACUGCAAAAGCUUUAGAAGCUUGUGCAAAUGCUGAUUGCACUGCACUAUCUUCGGGUGGAUCUUGUUUUAACAUCACAUGGCCUAGUAAUAUAUCAUAUGCUUUUAAUAGUUAUUAUCAGCAACAUGAUCAGAGAGCUGAAAGUUGUGACUUUGGGGGACUUGGUUUAAUCACAACCGUUGAUCCGUCCGAGGAUCGUUGCAGGUUUCCAAUUGAGAUUCACACUUCUCAUGCAGAGUUUUAUAGGGUGAGUAGUUUCCGUUGGAUCAUUAUACUUGUAACAACUCUUUUGGCAUCUUAGGAGGUGACAUAAGUUAAAAUUAGGAUAUUUUUGCAGCUACUAGAUUGUGGUAGUUUUGUUGUAGAUGUCUAUUGAUGAAUUAGAAUGGUAUUGGUUAGGUCUAUUUAAAGUUAUUUUUUCAUGCAAUUAAAGUGUUCGGGUUAUUGCUUUGGUUUGGAUGGUUAUUCACUGCAUGUGGUUGAAGUUGAACAUUAGAUUACUAUUUUCUGAAAUUGAGUGUAUUCUCGAGGAAGGUUAUAUUGUUUGUUAAAUUUUGAUCAAUUAUUAUAAGUUUAUUCCCUUUGACUUUUUCAUUUUUUUUUUGAGAAAUGUAAUAUUGGUGCUCUUGAGCGGCCCUAUUAGAAUGCCCACAUUCAAAAUUGUCUUGUAGUUUGGUUGGAAAUGCCAAACAUUGAGGCACUUAUUUAGAGUGAAUCCUAGUUAUAGGUAACUUUC